GUUGGCACUGCUAAUUAUACACCUGUUCCUGUUGCCGUUCCUUGUCUGCCAUCGAGUGGAGGCAUGCUCGGAGCUCAUCUCGUUACUCAUCCAGCGGUCCCGAUUUCUGAGCUUGCCCAACACAUUGAAAGGUUGCGCAUGAACAACAAUGCAGGCUUUCAACAAGAGUUUGAAUCCAUUGAAACCGGCCAACAAUUUACAUGGGAGAAUAGCAGCGCUGAAAUGAACAAGCACAAGAAUCGUUACGCUAAUGUGGUUGCUUACGACCACUCCCGCGUCGUACUCUCAUCUUUGGAUGGGAUACCAGGUACUGACUACAUCAACGCCAACUACAUUGAUGGCUACGACAAGGUAAGCACAAAUGUGUUCAAGUGA